GAUUGCACUGUUAAUCUCCUUUUUAUGAGCCAAGCAAUGCUAACUCUUUUCUUAAUCUACUUGAUCUGCAGGAUGUAACAUUACCGCCCAGCUUGUUUCUCCAAAGUGUUAGCAAUGCCAGCUUUCUGCAUUAUAAGGCACGCGCUCCCUGCCUCCCAAGCUUCACUCAGCAAGUCUUCCAACAUGACAGGCUGUUGGAAAGCCGGGCACUUGAAAGCAGGAAGAAUAAUGCAUUUGCUGUUACAGGGUGUUAUGACUGUUUUCACCGAAUUGUGUUCUUAUGCGGAAAAGGUGGUGAAACUUUUCAUUCCCAAGAAGACAAAAUCUCUUAGUGGAGAGAUUGUUCUGAUUACUGGAGCUGCCCAUGGACUUGGAAGGGGAACAGCGUAUGCGUUUUCCAAGCACGGAUGCAAAUUGGUUCUUUGGGAUAUCAAUAAGCGUGGUGUUGAAGAAACAGCAGAUCAAUGCCGAAAGCUGGGUGCUGUUGUUCAUACAUAUGUGGUGAAUUGCCAGAAGAGGGAGGAAAUCUACAGAACUGCAGAUGAGGUGAAAAAAGACGUUGGGGACAUCAGUAUCUUGAUUAAUAACGCCGGAGUGAUAACCACGGGACAUCUUCUUUCAGUCACGGAUGAACAGAUCCAGAGCAUGUUUGAUGUUAAUGUUUUUGCUCAGUAUUGGACUGUGAAAGCAUUCUUGCCAGCGAUGAUUGAAAUGAACCACGGCCAUAUUGUCACAAUUGCUUCAAGUGCUGGUUUUCUGAGCGUGCCAUUCAUGGUGACUUAUAGCUCAUCCAAACAUGCUCUUGUUGGAUUUCAUCACUCUCUGACAGAAGAACUAUAUUUUUUGGGAAAGGAUGGAAUCAAGACAACAUGCCUAUGUCCGAGUUUUAUUAACACUGGCUUUGUGAAGGAUUUACUUCCGAAAACUGCUCCCGUUUUAGAAACUGAGUAUACUGUCAAUAAACUGAUGGAAGGAAUACUGACUAAUCAGGAAAUGAUUGUUCUUCCACUAUGUACAAAACUCUUUAUAAUAAUGUUAAGGUUUCUGCCACAACGUGCUUGGAGAUAUUUCAUAGCAACCGAAAGGGAGUGGAUUGGUAACUACAGAGAUAUAUAUGAAAGGAGUAAGUAGAUUAGCUGAUGGUUAGCAGCUGUGUUCGUGGAAGGGAGUUAGCUGCUGACCAUGAGAAUCAGAUCUGAGAAAGGCAAACUAUACCUGUUUGGAGACAUUUGGAAGAUCCUGACUUCUGGAACACAGAGCCUUUGAGCUAGACGGAUUUAAAAGCCCCUGGAAUCCAAACCCAAGUUUCAUGGUUGAUGUUUCAUUCACAUAACAUAUUCUUAUGCUUUGCUUAGAGUUGAUAUGCUAUGACUGUUUAAAUACUAAAUACUCUCACACCAGUAAUCAUACUGGUCAUACAUAAAUAUUCAUUUACUUGAUUAAUUGCAUUUAAAAAUAUUUGCGUAUUA